CUCGGCCAUUGGCUGAGCACUAGAUGUGGAUCAGGUAGUGGUCAGCCGGGACGCCGGUCAGAAAGAGUCCCCACCCUCCUAUGUAGGUUGAUCCACAGCUAUUCACCCGGCUGUUCAGGCUGACAGGAUUUUGUGGUGGUCUCCAUCCCGGAGGCUAUGUGAUGCCUUUCCUGGAAGCACACAUCCAGUGUCCUCUGGGGAGUCGCAGAGCCAACUUCAGGACUGAUCAUGAUUAUGACUUCUAUAAAGGAGCAAGCAGCUAUUAGCCGGCUCUUGAGUUUUUUACAGGAUUGGGACAAUGCUGGCAAAGUCGCAAGGAGUCACAUCCUCAAUAGUUUCAUUGAAACCAACCAAGGGAAGACUGCCCCUGAGCUGGAGCAAGAGUUUUCCCAGGGAGCCAGCUUGUUCCUGGUACGCUUAACCACGUGGCUUAGACUCACCUAUAUGACUGGCUCGUGUUUAGAGAAGCUUCUAAGGGCCAUUGGCAUCUUUUUAUCAUCUGUAAACAGUAAUCGCUACCUUAUAGAAUUUCUUGAGGUUGGAGGCGUCCUAACACUCUUGGAGAUACUUGGACUGGAGAAGAUCAAGGAAGAGGACAAGAAGGAAUCCAUCAAACUACUUCAGGUUAUUGCAAACUCUGGCAGGAAGUACAAGGAGCUCAUUUGUGAAAGCUAUGGUGUACGAUCCAUAGCAGAAUGUUUGGCAAAGUCCAAGUCAGAAGAGACCCAGGAGGAGGCACAGGUUCUGUUGGAUUCUUUGGUCCAUGGUAAUCCCAAGUACCAGAAUCAAGUGUACAAAGGUCUAAUAGCUUUGCUGCCCUCUGCGUCCCCAAAAGCUCAACAGCUGUCCCUGCAGACUCUCAGGACUGCCCAGUCAAUCGUUGGAACCACACACCCCAGCAUCGUGGACUGCGUACUGAAUGUGCUGUGCACGAUGCACCUGGAAGUCCAGUAUGAAGCCAUCGAGCUGAUCAAGGACCUGGUCAACUACGAAGUGUGCAUAGCGCUGCUCCAGGGCCUCGUGCACCUGCUGAUACCGUCCGUCAAGACCAAUAAACUGCAACCCAAGAUCCUCAACGGUAGGGAUCUGCUGGGAUUAGGGCGGAGGGCACCCGGCGCGGGGAGGGACCCCUGCCUCACAGCCGCCCCUUCGCCAGACUCCACGGUCCUCCAGCAUACUGCCAACCUGCCGGUGUUUCUGCAGCAGGCCGCGGCCGCCAAGGCCAUCGGGGUCCUGGCGCGCAGCAACACAAGCCUCGCAGAGGAGAUGCUGCACCUGCGCGUGGUGCACGGCCUGAUGGCCGCCAUGGGCAACACGGACCACAGCAACAGCCAGCGGCAGGCCAGCCUCACGCUGGAGUACUUCGUGCAGCUAUUCCCGCUGGUGGAGGAGCAUGUGCGCAAGUCCUUGGGGGAGAAACUCUACGAGCUCUUCCUUAGCAACCCUGAGGACUUGCACAUGAAAAUAGAUAGCAUUCAGGCAGACAUCUUGGCAGCCAACAAAGUCAACGUUACCAGAGGUGAGUGGGGAGUGAGGGGACCUGGAGCAGAGGUACAGCCAGCACCCAGUCUCAGGCUCACCUCUCUGUCUCCAGCAUUACACUUCAGUGGCCUUUCACUUAGCGGCAGGAGGCUUUACCUAGGCCUUUCUGAUCUGGAGCAGCUGGACAACAUCACACACUCCCAGGAGGAUAUGGAAGAAAAGGAGUAACAGAGCCUCUGAGGCAAACCAGGAAGGUCAAUGCUGUGUGGCAGAAAACCCAGCAGAAGGAGCUUGAGUCCGUCUCAGGGCCACUCCACUUGGCCUUAGGUGGGAGGCUGGGGGUUAGGAUCGUCAGUGGGGGAGAGGGAGAGCUGCCCGCUGGGAAGAAUUCAAUAAAGUCUUGCUAUUUAUGUGUUCUCUACGUGUGGAGGGCAGAGGGAGGUCAAACGAGAUCAGGCCCUAGGUGCUCUGUCUCCCAUUACCUCUGACUGGUCUCCUGCUUUUCUCUUUCUCCUUCACUGGCUCCAGACACACUGUUGUGUGUUUCUUAACUGAUAAAGGAGCUCUUACCUUAGGACUUUUGUGCUGACUUUUCUGCUGAACGGUGAGAGAGGUUCUGUUCUUAGAACCUCUUAACCACAGAUAUCAAACUGCACGACUAAGUCCCUCACCUCCUUUCAACUCUACACAGUCACCUUCUCAAUGAGGGCUAUUUUUUUUUAAGUCGCAAUCCACACUACCACUCCCAAUUCUUACACUAUGUCCCCCAGACUCCCUUACGCUGCUAUUUUUUCCCAUAGCACUUAUUUAUAUAUUUAUUUAUUUAUUGUCUGUCUGUGCAUCUGAAUGUAAGCUCCACUAGGCAAGGAUGGAUGAUGGAUGGAUGGAUAGAUAGAUAGAUAGAUAGAUAGAUAAGAGAGAGAGAUUUUUUUUCUUUACUGAUAUAUCCCAAACACUGAAAACAAUGCCUGAUACACAUGAAUAAAUAACAGAGGUAUUGUGAAGGGGUUGUCCCUCAAAACAUAGUAAAUGGUAGGACGGCAGUAAUUCUUCAUGGUGCCACAAGAGGGCGCCACCCACCCUGAUGUUGUCAGUCUUAGGGGCCCUAACCCCUCCCCAAAAUGAUUUUGAGCAGCAGCUUUCUGCUAUUUAGGCCGAGAGUGGAGAGAAAAGUCAACAAAAAUAGUUAUGCUUCCAUAAAGCUAAAUAGAUUUCCCAUUUUAAAGAAACGUCCUGUCCUUUGGGGUCAAGUCUUUCUGUUUUUAGUCUUGAAGUGGCCUUUCUUUUGUAAAACAAAAGUAAAAAAUAUAGUCAGUGUACCCCAGAAAUUUUUUGGAAAUCUUAACUGGAAAAUCCAAAAUCUGGAAACCACUGGCCUAAGGUAAUCAUAGUUUAAUAAAAAUCAUGGAACUUUAAAAAAUGAAAUCUUAAGUAUAAUACAAAAAUCUAAACCAGCUAUAGCUGUGCUACCCUGAACAAGCCCAAUCCCGUCUGAUCUCAGAAGGUAAGGGUCAGGCCUGGUUAGUACUUG